AUGGGCUCAGCUUUCAUUGCCAUUGAUAACUUAGGACAAGGUAGGUUUCUCCAAAAUACGGCGAGAUCAUUGAAAAUUAUGAUGGGGCCGGGCCAAGGUGGUCAAGUCAAAGUCUCGGGAUCGGAAGAAGAACGUAUUAUCUCGGGAUAUCCUGGAACCACUCCACGGAGGAUGACCAAUGAUACGAGCCUUGCAGAUUCAUGGACUAAUCCUCCGCUCACCGAUUUCUCUCAUCUAACUACCCAAGUCAAGGCCGAAGAGACGACCAUGGAAUCGCAUGAAGUAGCCUGGGCACCAGGGGAGCUUGACAAUCCUCAGAAUAGGACACUAGCUUCGAAACGUAUAAUAACAGUUCUAAACAAUGCUAAGUGA